UGCUGCUGCCGCUGCCGCUCGGAGCCGGGGAACCCCUUUCCACAGAGAGCCGGCUCAUGAACAGCUGUAUCCAGGCCAGGAGGAAGUGCCAGGCUGAUGCCACUUGCAGUGCUGCCUACUACCACCUGGAUUCCUGCACCUCUAGCGUAAGCACUCCAUUGCCCUCGGAGGAGCCUUCAGUCCCUGCGGACUGCCUGGAGGCAGUACAGCAACUCAGGAACAGCUCUCUGAUAGGCUGCACUUGCCACCGGCGCAUGAAGAACCAAGCUACCUGCCUGGACAUCUUUUGGACCGUUCACCGUGCUCGUGGCCUUGGUGACUAUGAGCUGGAUGUCUCCCCCUAUGAAGACACAGUGACCAGCAAACCGUGGAAAAUGAAUCUCAGCAAACUGAAUAUGCUCAAACCAGACUCGGACCUUUGCCUCAAGUUCGCCAUGCUGUGCACUCUGAACGACAAGUGUGACCGGCUGCGCAAGGCCUACGCGGAGGCAUGCUCGGGGCCCCGCUGCCAGCGCCACGUCUGCCUCGAGCAGCUGAUCACGUUCUUCGAGAAGGCGGCGGAGCCCCACGCACAGGGCCUGCUGCUGUGCCCAUGCGCGCCCACCGACCGCGGCUGCGGGGAGCGCCGGCGCAACACCAUCGCCCCCGGCUGCGCGCUGCCGCCGGUAGCCCCCAACUGCCUGGAGAUGCGGCGCCUCUGCUUCUCCGACUCGCUGUGCAGAUCUCGCCUGGUGGAUUUCCAGACCCACUGCCACCCCAUGGACAUCCUAGGGACUUGUGCAACAGAGCAGUCCAGAUGUCUGCGAGCAUACCUGGGGCUGAUUGGGACUGUCAUGACCCCCAACUUUAUCAGCAACGUCAACACCAGUGUUGCCUUAAGCUGUACCUGCCGUGGCAGUGGCAACAUGCAGGAGGAGUGCGAGCGGCUGGAAGGGUUCUUCUCCCAUAACCCCUGCCUCAUGGAGGCCAUUGCAGCUAAGAUGCGUUUUCACAGUCAGCUCUUCUCCCAGGACCGGGCAGACUCUACCUUUUCUAUGAUGGAACAUCAGAAUAAAAACUCUGCUCCGAGGCCACAGCCCUGGGUGCCCUAUCUUUUCUCCUGCACACUUACCUUGAUUCUGCUCCUGAGCUUCUGGUAGCUGGGCUUCCCUUGGGGGCCCUCUUCUUCCGCACCACCCCCAGCCUGACUUGCAGCCUGUGAGGGGUGAGGAAAGGACAGCGUCAGAAAGGAGGUGCAGUGUGCUGCGUGGCAACACUGACCCCACCCAGCAUGUCCACUUGGCUCCAGAUGAAGCCACAGUAGAAGCUAGGAGUUAUGACCUGCAGAUC